AUGAAUAUACGGGGCAAAGGGGGCUGGCUACCCGUGGGGGAGGGCAGCGACGAACAAAGCAUCUCCUCAGCCGACGCUCGUUCGUUUCCUUUGACUUUGUAUUGCUCACUGGUGGGUGUCUCGCUCGUGAGAUGGCAAAACCAAGUAGGGCAAUCAUUGGAGCUUCAACCCACGAUUGCCGUUGUCGGAGUGCUCGGCGAAAGAGUAAAUUUGCCCUGCGAUAUACAUCCGAACACUACCGACGACGAGGUGUCGUUGGUCUUGUGGUACAAGGACGACUCGACGACCCCUAUUUACUCAGCGGAUGCUCGGAAGACGAGUUUGCGGAAGGCUCACCACGCGCCCGCCGAAUGGCUCGCGCACCGAGCCUACCUCAAAACCGAGGCAACACCCUCCGUGCUGCAGGUUUCUCCUGUGCAGGAAGGCGAUGAAGGUCUCUACCGCUGCCGCGUAGACUUCAAGAAAGCCCGCACCCGAAACUACCAAGUUCAGCUGAAGGUCAUUCUUCCCCCAAACGAGCCUAUCAUCACCGACCAGAACGGAGAAAUCCUCGCCACGAAAAGCGUCAUCGGACCUUACAACGAGGGAGACAAACUCAUCUUGAUAUGUCAAGUCGAAGGAGGCAAUCCUGCUCCUCACGUCAAGUGGUGGAGGGAGUCCUUCCUCCUGGACGAAACGUACAACGUUUCGAAUGGCAUUUCGAAAAACAUAUUGGAAAUUCCAGCUUUGACCCGCAACGACCUCAUGGCCACAUUCACGUGUAUGGCGGCGAACAACAAUAUCUCGUUUCCCGUCUCGGCCAGCGUUAUCGUCGACCUAAACUUUCGACCGCUGUCCGUGUGGAUCGAGGGUGAGCAGAGGCCGUUGUCGGCCGGGAAACCCGUCACGUUAGAAUGUCGGACUUCGGGCUCGCGGCCCCCGGCCGUAAUCGAGUGGUGGAAAGGAGGCACGCGUAUGAAUUCCACGUCUCACAACGGCACCAGCACGCUGACGUUCGUGCCGGCCUCCGACGACUCCGGCAAACAUCUGUCGUGUCGCGCCGAAAAUUCGCAGAUCAUCAACAGCCGGAUCGAGGACGGCUGGAAGCUCGAAGUUCACUAUGUACCCAUUCUCAACUUGCGCCUCGGCAGCAAGCUUCGCCAUCAACAUAUCCAAGAAGGCAACGACGUGUUUUUCGACUGCGACAUCCGCGCAAACCCAUGGGUCAACGACAUCGGCUGGCGCUUCGAAGGUCGAGAGGUACAAACGAACGUCUCCGCCGGAAUCAUUGUGAGCAGUCAAAGUCUCGUUCUGCAGCGCGUAGAUCUCCGUAAUCGUGGAAAGUAUACCUGUACAGCAACAAACGCGCAAGGUAUCGGGGAGAGCAACGCCGUCAUGCUGAAAGUCAGAUACGCACCCGUCUGCAAAAAAGACCAGAAAACCACUUACGGCGCGGCCCGGAACGAAGUUGUGCGGAUCUUAUGCGAGCUAGAGGGUGAUCCGUCCGAGAUUCUCUUCAAAUGGAAAUUCAACAACAGCAAAGAGCUCAUUUCUUCGAGCAAUGUCCAUUCGGAGGAAAACAAGUCUUGGCUCACCGUGGUACCGCAGAGCGAGGAGGACUACGGCCCUAUCAUCUGCUGGGGGAAGAACAACAUUGGACUACAGCGGGAGCCUUGUGUAUUCAACCUCAUCCCAGCAGGUCCUCCUGAACCCGUGCAAAACUGCACCGUGAUCAACCAGACCGAAGAGUCUCUGACCGUCGCCUGCAUGGAAGGCUACGACGGCGGAAUCGAGCAGACGUUCCACAUGGAACUGCACGAGGCGGAGCAGCGAACCCUACGGGGCAAUUACACGUCGUCAACGCACGCAACGAUGCAGGCCGUCAACCUGAUGCCGGCUACGGCGUACGUGGUGGCGAUCUACUCGUCAAAUUCACGCGGUCAGAGUCAGCCCACGGUCAUUGUGGCUCACACGAUCCCGUCGCCCAUCUCUCUCACACGUCGAGGGAUGUGGCAUCUAACGUUGAGUCCGCUGCUGUUGCUCCUGAUCUCUGUCGCUAGCGGCAUUGUGCUCGUGGCAUUCAUCAUCAUCCUCGUCAUGAAAAUCCGAACCAGACAGGUCAUCAAAAAUUCGCACAAGAGAGCUGCAGCUGAGGACAAAUCUCAGCUCCAGAUGGAAGAGAGAAACAUGACGGAUCUCACGCAUUCGCCUUACCACGACGAAGAAAAAUGUCCGGACAUCAUACCCUCGGAGUCCUUGACGAACUGUCGGACAGCCGAGGAACGUCUGCUCGGGACCCCAUCUUUCAUGGGGGGAAUGGUCCAGCCGGGUCAACCUGGAGGACCCUUGUGCACAGGAACGCUCAAGAAGGGGGCAUGGGACGUUGGGACGAGUCAAGGCCGCGUCAUGCACGUGGGUACGGCGUCAUCGUCGGUCUAUCAGCACAUGGCCACGUUACCGCGGCAUGACAGUCUGCAUCUGACGCUACACAGUUCCGUACCGGCCCUCUGGGAUUACAUGGACCAGUUCUUCUUGAGGAAGCUCGCUGGAAAAUGGGCGGCCGCAAACAGGCACGCGAAACGUUUUUUCGACGCAGGGAGUAAUCAGGAGUGGUUAGCAAAUACCUUCAAAGUGACUCGUGAGGCGGGAAAUCGUGGCGAAGGCUCAUCUGAUGCCGGAUAUAACCUCUCGCAACCAUCUACCCCAGAAUCUGUUCGCGGUCGUCCUCGGAAGAGUUUCAGUGAAUCUAGCGAUCGGGGCCAACGCAGGAAGAUCCUAGAAACAAGAGAGGAUAUCGACCCCGAGCUACUGCGACGAGCAAAACUUAUACCCAGCGUCAAUCCCCUGAAGGCUCUACAACUCUUGCUCGAUCUGAACAUAGCGAAGGAACUAUACAUAGAUCUGAGACUUGAAUUGAGGAGAGAGCUUGGUUUUGAUGCUUUCCCUGCAUACAACAAGGUGUUGACUGAGAAGAAACAAUGCUAUCCGACCAACAUCGAGGCAACAGAGAAGCACGCUUCCGUCCCGCUGAAGGAUCUCCUUGAGCACUCUGUGAAGCGAUUACUAAGCUCGCUACCGGAGCCAGAAUUCAACCUGUUGGAGGAGCACUUGACUUUCUUGUCAAAAUGGGGUUGCGAUGGAUCGUCUGGACACUCGGAGUACAAACAGGCGUCCUUGUGUGAUUCUCUUUCGGACG